AUUGAAAAUGGUAACAUGUACAAAACACUACAUGCAACUCAGUCUACAAAUCAGCCUGUAGAUAAGCUUACAAACAAGUCUAUAACUGAGUCUACAAUUCAAUCUACAGCCCAGUCUACUACCCCGUCUCCUGUCGUGUCUUCAACCCAGUCUACUACCCCGUCUCCUGUCGUGUCUUCAACCCAGUCUACUACCCCGUCUCCUGUCGUGUCUUCAACCCAGUCUCCUGCAGAGUCUGCAGUUCAGUCUACUACCCCGUCUCCUGUCGUGUCUUCAACCCAGUCUACUACCCCGUCUCCUGUCGUGUCUUCAACCCAGUCUACUACCCCGUCUCCUGUCGUGUCUUCAACCCAGUCUCCUGCAGAGUCUGCAGUUCAGUCUACUACCCCGUCUCCUGUCGUGUCUUCAACCCAGUCUACUACCCCGUCUCCUGUCGUGUCUUCAAGGCCUGAAAUCAUCAGGAACCCGAUCAUCACAGACAUAAAAACCACAUCUAUCUCUCUGAACUGGACUCAACCUGUAGGAAACGUCGCCUUCUAUACAGUACAGUGGAGUAACGCUAGUGGAAUCCAGAACAGUUCUACCAGUAACACAUUCAUUACGGUCAAUGGUCUGACGCCUGGAACUCAGUAUACAUUCAGCAUCACUGCGUUUGCAGCGGAUAACCAAACUUCUGGAGCCACAUUUACUAUAUCUCAAUGUACUCGCCCUGACGUCAUCAGGAACCCGAUCAUCACAGAGAUAAAAACAACAUCUAUCUCUCUGAACUGGACUCAACCUGUAGGAAACGUCGCCUUCUAUACAGUACAGUGGAGUAACGCCAGUGGAAUCCAGAACAGUUCUACCAGUAACACAUUCAUUACGGUCAAUGGUCUGACGCCUGGAACUCAGUAUACAUUCAGCAUCACUGCGUUUGCAGCGGAUAACCAAACUUCUGGAGCCACAUUUACUAUAUCUCAAUAUACUCGGCCUGAAAUCAUCAGGAACCCGAUCAUCACAGACAUAAAAACCACAUCUAUCUCUCUGAACUGGACUCAACCUGUAGGAAACGUCGCCUUCUAUACAGUACAGUGGAGUAACGCCAGUGGAAUCCAGAACAGUUCUACCAGUAACACAUUCAUUACGGUCAAUGGUCUGACGCCUGGAACUCAGUAUACAUUCAGCAUCACUGCGUUUCCAGCGGAUAACCAAACUUCUGGAGCCACAUUUACUAUAUCUCAAUGUACUCGCCCUGACGUCAUCAGGAACCUGAUCAUCACAGAGAUAAAAACAACAUCUAUCUCUCUGAACUGGACUCAACCUGUAGGAAACGUCGCCUUCUAUACAGUACAGUGGAGUAACGCCAGUGGAAUCCAGAACAGUUCUACCAGUAACACAUUCAUUACGGUCAAUGGUCUGACGCCUGGAACUCAGUAUACAUUCAACAUCACUGCGUUUGCAGCGGAUAACCAAACUUCUGGAGCCACAUUUACUAUAUCUCAAUAUACUCGGCCUAAAAUCAUCAGGAACCCGAUCAUCACAGACAUAAAAACCACAUCUAUCUCUCUGAACUGGACUCAACCUGUAGGAAACGUCGCCUUCUAUACAGUACAGUGGAGUAACGCCAGUGGAAUCCAGAACAGUUCUACCAGUAACACAUUCAUUACGGUCAAUGGUCUGACGCCUGGAACUCAGUAUACAUUCAGCAUCACUGCGUUUCCAGCGGAUAACCAAACUUCUGGAGCCACAUUUACUAUAUCUCAAUGUACUCGGCCUGAAAUCAUCAGGAACCCGAUCAUCACAGACAUAAAAACCACAUCUAUCUCUCUGAACUGGACUCAACCUGUAGGAAACGUCGCCUUCUAUACAGUACAGUGGAGUAACGCCAGUGGAAUCCAGAACAGUUCUACCAGUAACACAUUCAUUACGGUCAAUGGUCUGACGCCUGGAACUCAGUAUACAUUCAGCAUCACUGCGUUUCCAGCGGAUAACCAAACUUCUGGAGCCACAUUUACUAUAUCUCAAUGUACUCGCCCUGACGUCAUCAGGAACCCGAUCAUCACAGAGAUAAAAACAACAUCUAUCUCUCUGAACUGGACUCAACCUGUAGGAAACGUCGCCUUCUAUACAGUACAGUGGAGUAACGCCAGUGGAAUCCAGAACAGUUCUACCAGUAACACAUUCAUUACGGUCAAUGGUCUGACGCCUGGAACUCAGUAUACAUUCAGCAUCACUGCGUUUGCAGCGGAUAACCAAACUUCUGGAGCCACAUUUACUAUAUCUCAAUAUACUCGGCCUGAAAUCAUCAGGAACCCGAUCAUCACAGACAUAAAAACCACAUCUAUCUCUCUGAACUGGACUCAACCUGUAGGAAACGUCGCCUUCUAUACAGUACAGUGGAGUAACGCCAGUGGAAUCCAGAACAGUUCUACCAGUAACACAUUCAUUACGGUCAAUGGUCUGACGCCUGGAACUCAGUAUACAUUCAGCAUCACUGCGUUUCCAGCGGAUAACCAAACUUCUGGAGCCACAUUUACUAUAUCUCAAUGUACUCGGCCUGAAAUCAUCAGGAACCCGAUCAUCACAGACAUAAAAACCACAUCUAUCUCUCUGAACUGGACUCAACCUGUAGGAAACGUCGCCUUCUAUACAGUACAGUGGAGUAACGCCAGUGGAAUCCAGAACAGUUCUACCAGUAACACAUUCAUUACGGUCAAUGGUCUGACGCCUGGAACUCAGUAUACAUUCAGCAUCACUGCGUUUCCAGCGGAUAACCAAACUUCUGGAGCCACAUUUACUAUAUCUCAAUUUACUCGGCCUGAAAUCAUCAGGAACCCGAUCAUCACAGACAUAAAAACCACAUCUAUCUCUCUGAACUGGACUCAACCUGUAGGAAACGUCGCCUUCUAUACAGUACAGUGGAGUAACGCCAGUGGAAUCCAGAACAGUUCUACCAGUAACACAUUCAUUACGGUCAAUGGUCUGACGCCUGGAACUCAGUAUACAUUCAGCAUCACUGCGUUUCCAGCGGAUAACCAAACUUCUGGAGCCACAUUUACUAUAUCUCAAUUUACUCGGCCUGAAAUCAUCAGGAACCCGAUCAUCACAGACAUAAAAACCACAUCUAUCUCUCUGAACUGGACUCAACCUGUAGGAAACGUCGCCUUCUAUACAGUACAGUGGAGUAACGCCAGUGGAAUCCAGAACAGUUCUACCAGUAACACAUUCAUUACGGUCAAUGGUCUGACGCCUGGAACUCAGUAUACAUUCAGCAUCACUGCGUUUCCAGCGGAUAACCAAACUUCUGGAGCCACAUUUACUAUAUCUCAAUUUACUCGGCCUGAAAUCAUCAGGAACCCGAUCAUCACAGACAUAAAAACCACAUCUAUCUCUCUGAACUGGACUCAACCUGUAGGAAACGUCGCCUUCUAUACAGUACAGUGGAGUAACGCCAGUGGAAUCCAGAACAGUUCUACCAGUAACACAUUCAUUACGGUCAAUGGUCUGACGCCUGGAACUCAGUAUACAUUCAGCAUCACUGCGUUUGCAGCGGAUAACCAAACUUCUGGAGCCACAUUUACUAUAUCUCAAUAUACUCGGCCUGAAAUCAUCAGGAACCCGAUCAUCACAGACAUAAAAACCACAUCUAUCUCUCUGAACUGGACUCAACCUGUAGGAAACGUCGCCUUCUAUACAGUACAGUGGAGUAACGCCAGUGGAAUCCAGAACAGUUCUACCAGUAACACAUUCAUUACGGUCAAUGGUCUGACGCCUGGAACUCAGUAUACAUUCAGCAUCACUGCGUUUCCAGCGGAUAACCAAACUUCUGGAGCCACAUUUACUAUAUCUCAAUGUACUCGGCCUGAAAUCAUCAGGAACCCGAUCAUCACAGACAUAAAAACCACAUCUAUCUCUCUGAACUGGACUCAACCUGUAGGAAACGUCGCCUUCUAUACAGUACAGUGGAGUAACGCCAGUGGAAUCCAGAACAGUUCUACCAGUAACACAUUCAUUACGGUCAAUGGUCUGACGCCUGGAACUCAGUAUACAUUCAGCAUCACUGCGUUUCCAGCGGAUAACCAAACUUCUGGAGCCACAUUUACUAUAUCUCAAUGUACUCGCCCUGACGUCAUCAGGAACCCGAUCAUCACAGAGAUAAAAACAACAUCUAUCUCUCUGAACUGGACUCAACCUGUAGGAAACGUCGCCUUCUAUACAGUACAGUGGAGUAACGCCAGUGGAAUCCAGAACAGUUCUACCAGUAACACAUUCAUUACGGUCAAUGGUCUGACGCCUGGAACUCAGUAUACAUUCAGCAUCACUGCGUUUGCAGCGGAUAACCAAACUUCUGGAGCCACAUUUACUAUAUCUCAAUAUACUCGGCCUGAAAUCAUCAGGAACCCGAUCAUCACAGACAUAAAAACCACAUCUAUCUCUCUGAACUGGACUCAACCUGUAGGAAACGUCGCCUUCUAUACAGUACAGUGGAGUAACGCCAGUGGAAUCCAGAACAGUUCUACCAGUAACACAUUCAUUACGGUCAAUGGUCUGACGCCUGGAACUCAGUAUACAUUCAGCAUCACUGCGUUUCCAGCGGAUAACCAAACUUCUGGAGCCACAUUUACUAUAUCUCAAUUUACUCGGCCUGAAAUCAUCAGGAACCCGAUCAUCACAGACAUAAAAACCACAUCUAUCUCUCUGAACUGGACUCAACCUGUAGGAAACGUCGCCUUCUAUACAGUACAGUGGAGUAACGCCAGUGGAAUCCAGAACAGUUCUACCAGUAACACAUUCAUUACGGUCAAUGGUCUGACGCCUGGAACUCAGUAUACAUUCAGCAUCACUGCGUUUCCAGCGGAUAACCAAACUUCUGGAGCCACAUUUACUAUAUCUCAAUUUACUCGGCCUGAAAUCAUCAGGAACCCGAUCAUCACAGACAUAAAAACCACAUCUAUCUCUCUGAACUGGACUCAACCUGUAGGAAACGUCGCCUUCUAUACAGUACAGUGGAGUAACGCCAGUGGAAUCCAGAACAGUUCUACCAGUAACACAUUCAUUACGGUCAAUGGUCUGACGCCUGGAACUCAGUAUACAUUCAGCAUCACUGCGUUUCCAGCGGAUAACCAAACUUCUGGAGCCACAUUUACUAUAUCUCAAUAUACUCGGCCUGAAAUCAUCAGGAACCCGAUCAUCACAGACAUAAAAACCACAUCUAUCUCUCUGAACUGGACUCAACCUGUAGGAAACGUCGCCUUCUAUACAGUACAGUGGAGUAACGCCAGUGGAAUCCAGAACAGUUCUACCAGUAACACAUUCAUUACGGUCAAUGGUCUGACGCCUGGAACUCAGUAUACAUUCAGCAUCACUGCGUUUCCAGCGGAUAACCAAACUUCUGGAGCCACAUUUACUAUAUCUCAAUUUACUCGGCCUGAAAUCAUCAGGAACCCGAUCAACACAGACAUAAAAACCACAUCUAUCUCUCUGAACUGGACUCAACCUGUAGGAAACGUCGCCUUCUAUACAGUACAGUGGAGUAACGCCAGUGGAAUCCAGAACAGUUCUACCAGUAACACAUUCAUUAUGGUCAAUGGUCUGACGCCUGGAACUCAGUAUACAUUCAGCAUCACUGCGUUUGCAGCGGAUAACCAAACUUCUGGAGCCACAUUUACUAUAUCUCAAUAUACUCGGCCUGAAAUCAUCAGGAACCCGAUCAUCACAGACAUAAAAACCACAUCUAUCUCUCUGAACUGGACUCAACCUGUAGGAAACGUCGCCUUCUAUACAGUACAGUGGAGUAACGCCAGUGGAAUCCAGAACAGUUCUACCAGUAACACAUUCAUUACGGUCAAUGGUCUGACGCCUGGAACUCAGUAUACAUUCAGCAUCACUGCGUUUCCAGCGGAUAACCAAACUUCUGGAGCCACAUUUACUAUAUCUCAAUUUACUCGACCCUACUCUGCAGUGAACCUGACUUCAACAAGCAUCAACACCUCCAGCAUUAGUUUGAUCUGGAUGCAGCAAGAUGCUAAAGACAGUUACAGUUAUCUGGUGCAAGUGUUAAAUCGCACCAAGUUAGUCAAAAAUCUUACCACGAACACAACCAGUGCCACCAUCCUGGACCUUGAGUCGGGGAGCAGCUUCACAUUCAGUGUGACAACUCAGGCAGCAGACGGAACCACAUCUACACCAGUAUCCAUUUCUGAAUCCACCGAUGCUGCUCCUCCCCUUAAUUUCAGCUGCAGUGGUCCAAAUGGCACAAGUGCAGAACUUAUCCUAACUUGGAACGCACCAACUGGAUCCAACCAAGGGUUUACAAUCAGCUUGCUGAAUGUGACAGAGCAGUCGGCCAACUGCUGUCAACACACAGUUUCCAGUCUUUCCUAUAACUUGAACUAUGCAGUUAUUAUCUGGACACUCGGGCCAGGAAAAAACAGCACUAAAGAGAACAGAACUUGCACAACAGGAAUCACAAAGCCACCCACUCCAAACAUUGAUUAUGCUUCAGUUACACAAUGUGGACAUCAAGGUUUUGUUUUGGAACUAAACUCUAAUUUCUUCAGUGACAUCCAUGGACCUGUCACAAGUUACGGAGUAUUGAUAGCCUUACAAGAUUUUUCUGGUAAUUUUAGUGAAGGCCUCGUAAAAAACUAUAACAACUGGAAGGACAAUGAGGCAACUCCCUACCUGGCUGUCGUAAAGAACAGAACAGAGGUGAGGACAAAAAGUUUAAGUGAUGCGACCUCUAUCACCAUAGGGGACAAAGCUGUGUGGGAACAAUAUUACAACGGACCUCUGACUCCAAGGAAGACAUACAGAGUUGCUGUUGUUCUAUUUACUCAGCUUCAAGUGCAGAACAGCCUUAUAAACCCAGCACUGUCCCUUUUCACAGUCUCCACACAAAUUCAAGUAACGCUACCUGAAAAUCCAGCUGUUAUCGGUGGAAUCGUUGGUGGAAUUCUGGCAGUUUUAAUAAUUUUGAUUGUGACCGUUGCCAUUUUCUGGAGAAGGCGUACCAAAAACAACUUAACAGAAAUUCCUAUCCAGGCCAUGAGGGCUAAAGUUAGCAUACCGGUAAGGGUGGAGGACUACGAGACUUACUUCAAAAAGCAACAUGCUGAUUCCAACUGUGGCUUCGCUGAGGAGUUUGAGGACCUAAAGACUGUUGGUGUGGCACAGUCGAAGACCAGUGCCCUGGCACAAGAAAACAAAGCGAAGAACCGCUACAACAAUGUGCUCCCAUAUGACUUCUCACGGGUCAAGCUCUCAGUCCGUGGAAACCCCUGGGAUGACUAUAUCAACGCCAACUACAUACCAGGCUAUUCAUCUAAGAAGGAGUUCAUCGCAACCCAGGGUCCACUGCCUGGCACACUGAAUGACUUCUGGAGGAUGAUCUGGGAGAAGAACAUUCACACCCUGGUGAUGCUGACCAGAUGCAAUGAGCAAGGAAGGGUGAAAUGCGAAAAGUACUGGCCCUCGGACUGCAAACACUUUGACAACAUCAUUGUGACAAACACAAGCGACGUUGACCUGGAUGACUGGACCAUAAGAGACUUUAGCGUCAAGAACGUGAAGACGGCAGAAACCCGUUUCAUACGGCAGUUCCACUUUACGGCCUGGCCCGACCACGGUGUGCCGGAGACCACCGAGCUACUCAUCAACUUCCGCUACCUGGUGAGGGAGCACAUGAACCAGUUCCAGAACUCACCCGCUGUGGUACACUGCAGUGCUGGAGUGGGACGAACUGGCACCUUCAUUGCCAUCGAUCGCCUCAUCUACCAGAUUGAGCAAGAUGGCGUGGUGGACGUUUUUGGCACCAUCCACAACAUGCGCAUGCACAGGACCCUCAUGGUGCAGACCGAGGACCAGUACGUGUUCCUAAACCAGUGUGUCUUGGACAUUAUCAAAUCCAGAAGCGGGACCAAUGUGGAUCUUAUCUACCAGAACACAACAGCACUUGCCAUUUAUGAGAACAUUAAGCCCAUGAAGGGAAGCAUAAAGAAUAGCUUGUAACAGGCCAAGCCCAUACUUUGAAGCCCAGCUGUCUUAAAACCCUUCAUAAA